GACCAUGUUUGUGUACAUUCGGCAAACCCAGUGUUUAAAACACAUGUCAGCUGACGUAUCAACUGGUUAACUUUAAUCUAUUUUGCCUUUUCAAUUUGCAAACCUAUUAAAUAUUGAUACUAAGCCUAGCAUUCGGCUAGUCGCUAAUGCUAACUAGCUAGCUAACAUCCCCGACCAUGGGUUCACUAAACUACUAUUCCCCUGCUAAAGAAGAGGAUGUCUGCUGUACGAAGAAAGAAGCUCUAGAGAUGAACAUUGUCGUGAAAGAAGAAGAGGUGGAUAUUACAGUGAAAGGAGAGAAAGAACAUUUUAGAAUUAAAAAGGAAGCAGAGGCUGUUAUAGUGAAAGAAGAGGAGGCUGUUACAGUGAAAGAAGAGGAGACUGUUAUAGUGAAGGAAGAAGAUGCUGUUAUAGUGAAAGAACAUUUCAGAAUGAAAAAGGAGGAAGAGGAGGCUGUUACAGUGAAAGAAGAGAAAGAACCUUUUAGAGAGGAAGAGGAUGCUAUCUCAAUAAAGGUGAAGGAGGAAGACGUUUUGGGAGUGAAAGAGGAGGAGACAGAAUAUCAGAUUAACACCAGAGAGAGACAUGACUAUCGUGGAUCCUCUGGGGAGACUCAACAACAUCCUGAUGCUGACGAGGCAGAGAAGAGUCUCUCCAGAUCAGAACACCAGAUGGACAACGCUAGCCCUUCCUCCCUCCCGGAGUCCCUGUAAUCCUGCCUCUCCCGGUAGCACCUUACUGCUGAGUAUGAAGAGGUUGUCUGUGCUGCUGGUGGACUGCAGGAAAACAACAGGGCUGAGUGGAACUGUGAGAGGAAGAGAAGAGAAGAAAGGAUCAGAUUUGACUCAUCAAAGAGAAAAACCAAACUUGGAGGAACCAGAGACGUCCAAACCAGCAAGACGAUUUCAUUCUGUUCUCUCUUUAAAUAAACACUGUCUUUGGCAGGAGAAAAACCAAACUCGGGGUAACAAGAGAAACCAGCCAAGUCAACACCUCUGCUCCCAGAUUGGAAAGAGUUUUACCAAGUUAGGAAGCCUGAAAGCUCAUGAGAGAAUACACUCAGGGGAGAAGCCUUACCACUGCUACCAUUGUGGAACUAGGUUUACCAAGUUAGGAAGCCUGAAAAGACAUGAGAGGAUACACACCGAAGCGAAGCCGUUCCAUUGCACCCUGUGUGGAACGAGUUUUAACCUUUUAGGAAAUCUGAAAAGACACGAGAGAAUGCAUACAGGGGAGAAGCCUUUCCAUUGCGCCCAGUGUGGAAAUAGUUGUUGCGAAUUAGGACACCUGAAAGUGCAUGAGCGAAUCCACACAGGUGAGAAGCCUUACAAAUGCUCCCAGUGUGUAAAGAGAUUUAGCCACUUAGGAAACCUGAAUGAACACAUGAGACUGCACACAGGAGAGAAGCCUUACCACUGCAUCC